AUGGCUUCAAGUACCAAAACGACAAAUCCGGCUCUCGUAGGCCCAUCGUCACCUUCACUCGCCCUUCCACCAUCGCAAUUCGCUCGCCUUCAACCUCAUGCCUACCUUCUCGCGCACUUAUCMCCMCCUCCUUCCAGCCAACAACAGUCGCCCUUACGAGCCAAUGGCCGCGCACCUUUAGAAUUCCGGGCUACAUCCGCCAAUUUGGGCUCUCUUUCGCAUACGAAUGGAAGUGCAGUCGUGAGAAUUGGAGAUACAGCUGCCGUCUGCGGUGUGCGCGCGGAGAUAUUACAUACAGAAGAUAUAGCUUCGUGGGGCGUUUCUACCUCAUCUGGGAGUCGCAAGAGGAGAAAAAUUAUCUCAGAUGACGACGAAGAUAUCAAACAAGAAAAGGAAAAUGAUGAAGAAGACGAUGACUAUAUCAAGAAUCUCAACUUGAUUGUGCCCAAUAUCUCUCUGAGUACGGGCUGCGCGCCUGGCUUUAUACCUAGUGCUCCUCCAUCGGCGCUCGCUCAGGCACUCUCACAUCAAAUGCUCAGUAUGCUACAUACUACACAUCUUAUCCGUUCCGAGGACCUACAAAUAUGGCAUCACCCACCAGACUUGAAUGCUCUCGCCAACGAAGAGCAAGGCGACGACGCAAUGGAGACCGAAUCAGUGGAUCAAUCGUUUACUCCUGAAGCAGAGAUCAAAGGUUUCUGGGUCCUCUACAUCGAUGUCAUGAUGAUCUCUCUCGCCGGUAACCCAUUCGACGCCGCCUGGGCGUCUGUCGUUGCUGCACUACAAGACACAAAAUUACCGAAGGCUUGGUGGGAUAUUGAUAACGACAUGGUUCUAUGCUCUGACAAGGUCUCAGAGUCACGAAAGCUCAACUUGCGCGGUUUCCCGGUGUCAUGUUCGUACUCUGUCUUUGAGGCGGAUGCUGCUGCUGAUUGGCGCGCUGUUGCCGUUCCAGAUGCAGAUGAGAAUGGAGGUGUAAAACAGACCUCUCAGCAGCCGGAGAGAUGGAUUUUGGCUGAUCCUGAUGGGUUCGAGGAGAGCUUGUGUCGAGAGCGGGUAUAUAUGAUGGUUGACCGGGACGACAAAAAUGGUAAAACGAAGAUCUUGGGUAUGGAGAAGAAUGGUGGUUUAUCUGUGGGUCGCGAGGAUCUAAGGAAGCUUGUUGAUAUUUCGACACAGAGGUGGAAGCAUGUGAAGACUAUUUAUGAUGGUUUACAUUAA